AUUAGCAUUGCUGUACAGUGUUUAUCAACGGAUUUCAGUAAUCAAAAAGGAGUCAAAGGUCUUCCAUUACAUAUACAAAUUGAUACUUAUGAUGAAAAUGAUAGUACCGAUGUCCCAUUUCAUCGCGGAUAUUGUCAAAUUAAAGUAUUUUGUGAUAAGGUUAGCUAA